AUGUCUGUCCUCGCUCGGAUCCUUCCCUCUCCGUGCCCGUCGCCCGACAUCAUCAUGGGCGCAAUCGUCUCUGCCAUUGGCGGUGCUAUCAAUGCGAUCGUUUCCGCCAUUGCCAACAUCAUAAUGAUCAUCGUCAGCGUCAUCGUAACGAUCAUUGUCACUAUCUUCGAUGUCAUCCUCGACAUCCUAUGCUGCAACUGCUUCGGAGGACGCACUCGCCGCACCGGUACCCACAGAUACAGGUUCGGACGCGGAGGCGGCUCCACUUAUUGA